UCAAGGCUUAUAAUUAAACCAACCAAGCCGGAGGAACAUAAUCGGUCGAUUUCGGGUAGUGUGGUAGGAACCUUAAAAUAAACCGGUCGGUCUGGAUUUCGACCGAGUAUACACCGACCGAACUGUUAACAAAAACCCCACUAACCCUAAAAUCCCCUUCCCUGGUCCCCUUGUGUCGGGUUUUGCCAAAAUUCCAACUCAAACGCAUCGCCCUAGGUUCAUCAACAGCGUUCAUUCUGCUUUGUCUGCUCUCCAGUCUUUUUGAGCUCCCCUCCUCCCCACUCGAAUUGGUUGAGCGAGGUUUUCCGGGAAAACAAUGGCGGAUGAGGGUCGCUCAAGCAGAAAGAGGAAGAGGGCGAAGCGUCGUGGAGAGGACAAAAACAAAGAUUUCACGAAUAAUAUUGCGGAUACUGCUCGACCUAGUAGUCGAAAAGACAUCGUUGUUUCUGGUUCUUCCGGCGGGAAAAAAUUCCAGAGAGUUUCCGGUUCGUCUAGUUUUCUCGAUAAGAUGCGGGCUCGUUUGUCAGGAGGGCAUUUCAGGAUGAUUAAUGAGAAGCUGUAUACCUGCACAGGGGAAGAGGCACUUAAUUAUUUCAAAGAAGAUCAGGUUCUGUUUGAUGUGUAUCAUACAGGAUAUCAAGAGCAAAUGUCGCAUUGGCCUGAGCAGCCUGUGAAUUUAAUCAUAAAAUGGCUGAAAGAGCAUGAUCCCUCAUUUAUUGUGGCUGAUUUUGGCUGUGGGGACGCACGCCUUGCAAAGAAUGUGAAGAAUAAAGUUUUCUCGUUUGAUCUGGUUUCCAAAGAUCCUUCCGUUAUUGCUUGUGAUAUGUCAAAUACACCUCUUGAUUCUUCAUCUGUGGAUGUCGCCGUCUUUUGCCUUUCACUUAUGGGGGUCAAUUAUGAAAGUUACUUGGCGGAAGCACGGAGAGUACUUAAACCACGUGGAUGGCUUUUAAUAUCAGAAGUCAAAAGCAGAUUUGACCCAAGCAAUGGAGGAGCCGACCCCAAAAAGUUCAUAAAGGCUGUUUGUGAUCUAGGUUUCGUCUCAGCCUUAAAGGACUUCUCAAAUAAGAUGUUUAUCUUGUUAUACUUCAAGAAAAAGGAUGAGAAAAUUUUGAAGGGGAAGGAUGUCGAUUGGCCCGAGCUAAAACCUUGUUUAUACAAACGUCGCUGAGUUUGCAUCUUCUUUAUUUUUUUUGUUUUAUGUUCAAAAACCCCCUAUCCAAUUACUUGCUAAUAGCUUCUAUUUAAUAUAAGCUUAUAAGCUUAUUGGGAAUCAUUUUUAAGUUCAUUGAUGUAGUA